AUGUUUAAUAAUGUUAGAUUAUUUAGAGAGAGGCAAUUUGAACAAGGUACUGAAGAGAUUAAGAAGGAUGAUUUGCUAAGAGUAAGGGCUUUGGAGCCACUUAGAUGUCGGUGGAAAAGGUUAAGUGCUAAUUGUUCAAAAUUUUCUGGUGCGUAUGCACAUGCUGCAUCAAGGAGAGGAAGUGGUCACUCUAACGACGAUGUUAUUAAGGUUGCGCAUAGAAUUUAUAGAGAUGACAAAACUAGGAAAAAUACCAGUAGAGUUUUCCAAGAUAUGCAUGCUUGGGAUAUUCUGAAAAAUGAACAAAUAUGGGCGAAAAAUGAAGAUCCAGUCGAGACAUGUAAGCAGAAGACAGCAACCCAGUCCAGUGUUUCAAAGAGAUCUCGAAUUAAUGAAGCUGGUAAUUACUCGUCUUCAACAAACCCAGAUACACCGACCAGUGGUGAUGCUGGGUGUUCAGGCUUCCCCUCUAUUGAUGAUUGUACCAAAAAUAAAGGUAAGAACAAAGUUAUGAACAUGGCGACGGAAAAUUCUCAGCAAUGGUUGCUUACUAUUCAAAACAUGAACAUAACAAGGCAAUCUGAAACUGAGAUGGAGAUGAUGAAGUUGAGGUUCGAGAGAGAGAAAGAAGCUGAAAAUGCUCAGCUAGAAAGGGAGAGAGAAGCACGAAAGCAAAGGAAAAUCAACUUGGAAUUGUUCAAGAUACUUGAAGCAAAGCCAUACUUAUCAGAAGAGGAUCAAGAACGAAGGAACAAUUUAGUGAAGAUAUUAUUCCCAUCCAAUUAA